AUGGACGCUUUCAAAAACUUCCUCAAAAAGAAGAAGGUCGACAAACAUUUCAAGCGUACGGGUGGCGGACAGCGACUUGACUCUGGUUCGAAUCCUACGCCAAGUAUAGUUACUGGAGCUGCGCAGGGUGGCGGCAUUGACCGCGUUGCCGCUGCCGACGUUGCCGCCCAAGCAGCGCUGAAACGCCUCUAUAAAGCGGAACCUCAGAUUAGCAGCAGUCAGAAAAAGAUCCAAGUGAUCGUACGCUUUGCUUUAUAA